AUGGCCACGCAGUCAACACUGCGGCAUUCCGCCGCCGAGGCGGCCAUCCUCGGGUUCGUCGACAAAUAUACCACCCUGCUCCGCACGCGCCUGCGCCAGACAUCGCGCACGACGAGGCUCCUCGCAACUCUCGCGCUCCUGUCGUCCAUCGUGCUCGGCGCUGAGGGCUCGCGCAGGCGAUGGAGGAGGCGGCGUUUCGAGAGGGAGCAGGGCGUCAAGCUGGUGCGCACCAACUCGUGGGUGCACAACAAGGACGGCUCGCGCACCAUCUACGUGCCCUACAGAGACGGCACCUCCAAGGUCAUCAUCAACACCACCAAGCCCUUGACCUUUGAGGCCCACCGCCGCCUGUUCCUGAAUCCGCCCAGGGUGUCUGGCCUCGCCGACGGCACGGUUCCCGGUGCCCAGACGAAGCCAGGUUUGAACCUGGCCUUCCUGCACCAGUUCCUGAGCCUGAUGAGCAUCAUGCUCCCCAGGUGGACCAGCAAGGAGGCAGGGCUUCUGGUGAGCCACGGCGUGUUCCUCAUGCUGCGGACGUACCUGUCCCUCGUGGUCGCGCGGCUGGACGGCGAGAUUGUGCGCGACCUCGUCGCUGGCAACGGCAGGCUGUUUCUCUGGGGCAUCGUGAAGUGGUGCGGCCUGGGCGGCUUUGCCUCGUAUGUGAACGCCAUGAUCAAGUUCCUCGAGUCCAAGGUGUCCAUCGCCUUCCGCACCAGGCUCACCCGGUACAUCCACGACCUGUACCUGAACGACAACCUCAACUACUACAAGCUCUCCAACCUGGACGGCGGCGUGGGCCAGGGCGCCGACCAGUACAUCACCCAAGACCUGACCCUCUUCUGCGCCUCGGCGGCCAACCUCUACUCGUCCCUAGGCAAGCCGUUCGUGGACAUCUGCGUCUUCAACUACCAGCUCUACCGGUCCCUCGGGCCCCUCGCCCUGACCGGUCUCCUGAGCAACUACUUCUUCACAGCCUCCAUCCUGCGCCGGCUCUCCCCUCCAUUCGGCAAGCUCAAGGCGGUCGAGGGCGCCAAGGAAGGGGACUUCCGCUCUCUGCACGCGAGGCUGAUAGCCAAUGCCGAGGAGGUGGCCUUCUACGGCGGCGCCGACAUGGAGAAGCACUUUUUGAACCGCGAGUUCCGGUCGCUCAAGACCUGGAUGGAGGGCAUCUACAUGCUCAAGAUCCGCUACAACAUCCUCGAGGACUUCAUCCUCAAGUACAGCUGGUCCGCCUACGGCUACCUGCUGGCGUCCCUGCCCGUCUUCCUGCCCGCCUGGGGCGGCCUGGGCGGCGCCUCGGAGCUGCUGGAGCCGUCCGAGAAGGGCGGCCGCGAGCGCUCGCGCAUGGGCAACUUCAUCACCAACAAGCGCCUGAUGCUCUCGCUCGCCGACGCGGGCGGGCGCAUGAUGUACAGCAUCAAGGACCUGUCCGAGCUGGCGGGCUACACCUCGCGCGUCUACACCCUCAUCGCCACCCUGCACCGCGUUCACGCCGGCGCCUACCCGGCCCGCGCCUCGGGCGGCGAGCUGUACGCCCUGUCCGACGUGCAGGGUACCAUUCAGCGCGGGUUCGACGGCGUGCGCCUCGAGCAUGUGCCCGUCGUCGCGCCCGCGCUGUGGCCCCAGGGCGGCGACGAGCUCGUGGACUCGCUCAGCCUCAUUGUCCGCCGCGGCGAGCACCUGCUCAUCUCGGGCUCCAACGGCGUCGGCAAGAGCGCCGUCGCCCGCAUCCUGGCCGGCCUGUGGCCCGUCUACCGCGGCCUGGUGUCCCGCCCCAAGGCCAACGGCGAGGACGGCAUCAUGUUCCUCCCCCAGCGGCCCUACCUCAGCGUCGGCACGCUGCGCGACCAGGUCAUCUACCCAGACGGCGAGGCCGACAUGCGCGCCAAGCGGAGGAACGAGUACGAGCUCAAGAACAUCCUCGAGGCCGCGCGCCUCGGCUACCUGCCCGACCGCGAGGGCGGCUGGGACACCAAGAAGGAGUGGAAGGACGUGCUGAGCGGCGGCGAGAAGCAGCGCAUGGCCAUCGCGCGCCUGCUGUAUCAUGAGCCGCAGUACGCCUUUAUCGACGAGGGCACGAGCGCCGUCAGUUCUGAUGUGGAGGGCUUGCUUUAUGAGACAUGCAAGGAGAAGGGAAUAACACUCAUCACCAUCUCCACCCGCGCCUCUCUUAAGAAAUACCACACCUUCAACCUCGUGCUCGGCCUGGGCGAGGCCGGCGACCAGUGGGAGUUUGAGAGAAUCGGCACGGAGCGCGAGAAGAUGCACGUCGAGAGAGAGCUGCAGGAGCUGCGCGAGAGGCUGGCCAAGGUCGAGGAGUGGAAGAGGCGGCGGGAUGAGAUUGAGAAGGAGCUGGCGCAGGUCUGGGUGGAAGGGGGGGAAGGGUUGCCUCCGCCUGCGUAUACAGAGGCGGAGGAAAAGGGGGGUGAGGUAAAGGGGGGAGGGGAGGUGGCUCAGGAGGCAUAA